AUCAUCAUUCUCUUCGUUCUUUGGUCUUCUUCCCUUCCUCCUGGCUUCUGGGUUAUUUGAAGCUAUUCAUUUUGUUUAUCCUUUGUGGGUUGGGGAAAGGUUCAGCCAUGGCCGGUAACAUUACCGAAGAAGCUUUCAGAUUCAAUGGGUCUUGCUGGAGAUUCAUCCCUGUUUAUUCAGAAGGGAUAUGGAACCUAAAACCUGGAGAAUAUAUGUUUGGGCACGCGUUGCUUCGUCUACACAUUCAAUUAGCAUUGAUGAUCAUCUUGACAUCUUCAAUGCACUUUUUCCUCGGACGCUUGCAUCUGCCUCGACUUGUUUCAGAAUUAAUGACUGGAAUAAUUUUAGGACCAACUGUAUUGGGUGAAUAUUUCCCUAGUUUGUCACAAGCUCUGUUCUCUUCACAAUCUCUGAGACUGCUAUCUACCUUGGUGAGGUUUGGCUUCUUAUUCUCUCUCUUCCUAAUUGGAGUGAAGAUGGAUAUAAGCCUGCUAAAAAAGUCAGGAGCAAUACCCUGGGUUAUAGGCUGUGCAAGCAUGUUAACUCCUUGGGUUGUGAUAACACUUUUUGAUGGUGGGCAAAGUUUUGAAGAUUGGACUGUAGUAUACAAGGCACUGAUAUCAACAACCCGAUUUCCAGUUGUUGCAUGCCUCUUAAUGGAUCUCAAAAUUAUCAACACCGAGCUUGGAUGCAUUGCUUUGUCUUCCUCAUUGAUCUGUGAGAUAGCUGAUGUGACAGGCUUAUUACUUUCCAAUUCUGCAAGAGCUGAGGGAAAUGCCUCAUUGCAUGUGCCAUUAGGGUCAUUCAUUUUUGCUCUCACUUUUGUUCUGUUUGUGGUGGUGAUUGUCAGGCCAAUCAUGUACUGGAUCAUCAAACAAACACCAGAAAUGAAACCCGUCAAGGAAAGUUAUACCAUUUUUAUCAUGGUAGCAGUGAUGUUUAUGGCAGUUCUCACUGACAUUGUUGGAUUGCAUUUUGUGUUUACAUCUAUUGUGUUUGGUUUUGCCAUUCCAUCAUGGUCUCCAUUAGCAUCAACGCUAGUAGAGAGAUUUGAUGCCAUGGUCUCGGGAAUGCUUAUACCACUCCUGUCCAUUUAUUGUGGAUUAAAAACAAAUCUAUGGAGUCUAUCAAAAGGGUUGGUGCUAUCUAUAAUUCCACAGGCGGUUUCUGGUCUUGUGGUCAAGAUAAUAGUGACUAUGGCUAUUGCAACCUGCUUCAAGAUGCCUAUGAAGGAUACGGCUGCGCUUGGAUUAAUGUUGUGUGCUAAAGGUAUUGUGGAAUUGGGCAUGGUUGUGGAUCUUUCUGAUGAUCAUCAGAUGAAUACUACUGCAGCAUUUACCAUGGUGAUUUUGACAAUAUUCACAAUAUCAGCAAUUAUCCCCUUCCUGGUCAGAAAGUUGCAUCCUUCACAGAGAUACACAAGCUACCAUAAAAGAAAUAUCCUGCAAUGUCCAAAGAAUGUUGAACUCUGCAUGCUAGUUUGUUCAUUCAAGCAAGAUGAUGCUAUAGCUGCAGUGAAGCUAUUGGAGAUUUCUAAUCCUACAAAAGAAAGCCCAUUGUCCACUUAUUGUCUCUAUCUGAAAAAACUCACUGGUGGAGCCACUCCUAUGCUCAUCAAUCACCAAUUGUAUAAAAAAAAUUCGUCUUCUGAGCACUGGCAACCAAUCUUCAGUAUUUUCAAUUAUUUCAAGUUACAAAAUCUAGGGUUGGCCAAUCUUCAGGUUUUCACAGCAAUAUCCCCUGCAGCUCUAAUGCAUGAGGUCAUUUGUCGGCUGGCCUUCGAGAAGCCAAUAUCCUUAAUAACAGUUCCAUUUCAUAGGAGAUGGAAUUUCAAAGGGGAUUUGAUUGUAGACAGCAGUGCUCUGAGGAACAUCAACAUUAAUGUAUUGGAUAAGGCCCCCUGUUCUGUGGGGAUCCUUGUUGAUCGGUGCACUUUAAGUGGCUCGUCUACCUUGUUUACAAAAUUAUCCAUAUACUGCAUAGCAGUGCUUUACUUGGGAGGUGAAGAUGACAGGGAGGCCCUGGCUUAUGCCAAACGGAUAGCAGGAUGUGCAACAGUUCAGGUAACAGUAAUUAGGUUUAUCCCAGAAGAUCACAGUAGCAGUGAAUGGGAUGAUGUGCUUGAUAAUGAAUUCUUGAAAGACAUAAAACAUGGAAAUGGAGGGUAUGCUAAUAUAACUUAUACAGAGAAGACAGUGAGAGAUGGUUCAGAGAUGGCUUUGAUAAUUCAAUCGAUGGGAGAUGAUUAUGACCUUGUAAUGGUUGGCAGACGUCACAAAAGUUCAAUGCUCACAUCAGGUUUAGAAGAAUGGGUUGAGUUGCCUGAGCUUGGACUGAUUGGAGACCUACUUGCUUCACCAGAGAUCAAAAGUGCAUAUUCAGUAUUAAUAGUGCAAAAUCAAAUCACUGAGAAGAAGUGAGACCUUCCUUUGCAUCACUGGUUUGCUAAUCUGAUCUAUUGCAUCUGAAGGUAAGAAGAAGCACAUAAACCCUACAACUGGUGACAAAAUUUUGAACUCUCUUGAUGAGGUUACAUACAAGAUAAAUUCCUUUAGUAGACCCGAGUGACUUCUAGUCUUACCAAUGCCUUGUACCCCUGUUGGUCCUAAAGCAUCAAUCUUGCUUUAGUGGGUGAUGCAUUGACGCUGUAAAGAACUCCAGCAGUGCCAAUCCUCACAAGCUGCUAAACAGUGAUGAACCUAUCAAGGAUUGCACAGGCCUGCCCCUGUCAAGGAUGGAAAUGAUAAAAUGUUGCAUCGGUUCACUGUAUGAUCCAUAGGUAAAUUUUGAUGAUUACUAGGAACUCAUGUACAGUUUGUAAUUCCAGAUUUGUAGCAGUGGAAGUGAAUACAGGGCAUUCCAUGCU